AGGCCCAAGCUUCAUUGCAGAGAAAUCAGUUGACCGAAAAAAAAACUUCUCAACCGCGUCGUCACAAUAGCAUUCGACCGUCAUUAUGACUCUCCGUAACAAUAUACAAACCGACGUUAAACAGACUCAUUCAGGUAACGUUAGGUUUCUAGUAUUUUAAACGGGAUUAAUACAUUUUAAUAGUAUUGAACAGCUGUUCUGUAUUUCAGUUUCCUUAAACUCACCGCUGACCCCGUAAUCAUACAACUAUCUGUAAAACCACGAUUUUAUUUAUUUUGGGGUUAUUUUAUGUCAAGCGAGUUGUUUCUUGCCAUGUUUUCGCACAAACUCACCGUGGCCUGUUUAUAAGUUCUUCCCCCGUUAAAUCUCUGCAGUUUCAGUCAUUGUUUUGUAGCGCGCGACCCAGUCUCCAUAGCAACUUUUUCACAACGAGACCAGCGCGCGCACGUCAAAUCAAAUGGUCACUAUUUUGUUUCUUCUUUUGACAGUUUCUUUCACAGAUUUGCAUUCGGAAACGGAUAAGAAUUACAUAAGUGUAUUUAAACGCAAAUCACCUUUAACAUUCUCCCCUAAGCGAAAGUACGCUGUGGCAGUCGUUUCCCCCCUGCAAAAACACGACAGCUCUGAAACUGUCAUUGCAGAUGGUCGAUCUGGAUCCUCAUUUGCUGCUCAUGCAGUCAGAUUGCAUGAAUGUGUACGGCUGCAAAGAUUGACCAGUUUUAAGCCUUUCUCUUUUGAUGCACGUGAUGCUGCAAGAAAAGUUGAGCGUGAGAGGAAGAUGAAAGAAAUGCGCCAGAUACAAGAACAAGUUUGCUGUUCAAGUUUUAGAGCUCAUCCAGUGAGAAGAUACAAACCUCUGAGUCGACCAGCCAUCCUGUUGAAGUGGUGUUGGGUCAUUGUGCUGAGAUUUGGAAAGAGUCAGCCUGUGCUGCAUUUGUGCAGAUGUUUGCAUGGGGCUUUCUGUCCACUCACGAUCUUUAAAUUUGACCCAAAGAAGCAUUGGUUGGAAAAUGAGCCAGAGAUGAGACAAGUAACUCAAGGGAAAAUGAGAAAUGGCAAGUCUCCGUACUGCAGGAAUUGGCUUCAAGAUGAGAGAAGGGGAGCAAAGGAGGAAAUCACAAUGGGAGGAGCUGGACAUAAGGACAACAAGGCCGUUUAUCUUUGGUUUGACCAUGAUAACCAUUUGGAGCAGAAGCAAGGACACUGCACUCCUUUGCACUUUUGGCAUGUUUUGUCUAUGGCAAUUGCUGUUAUUAAGGGGUAA